AAUAAUUAUAAAGGUUGUAACUAUAGAUUCAACAAUCUACUUUAUUGACAUUUAAGUUUAGUUUGUUCUUUGUUGGUUCACAACUUCGCAUUGAAUUCCACAUUUUAAGAUCUUAUCUUUGUACACCUUGGCAACAAAUCACAAAACUACUAAAAACAUAAACCAAAACCCACAACAUGGCAGAUAAGAAAAUCCCAGUACGUUUUGGGAUAUUAGGCUGUGCUGAAAUAGCAAGGAAAGUAUGCAGAGCCAUAAACCUUUCUCCCAAUUCAACCCUCCACGCUAUAUCCAGCCGUUCUAUCGAAAAGGCUAAAGAGUUCGUGACUAAAAACGGCUUAUCCGAGUUAGUGAAGGUCUACAGUAGCUACGAGGAAGUGUUGGAUGAUCCUUUAGUAGAUGCAGUUUAUGUCCCAUUGCCAACUAGCCUUCACUUGAAAUGGGCUGUUUUGGCCGCAGAUAAAAAGAAACAUGUUCUGUUGGAGAAACCUACUGCUUUAAAUGUCGGUGAGCUGGACCGGAUACUUGAUGCUUGUGAAUCCAAUGGUGUGCAGUUUAUGGAUGGAAGUAUGUGGUAUCAUCAUCCUAGGACAGCAAGGAUGAAGGAGUUACUGUCUGACCCAAACAUCUUCGGUCAAGUUAAAUCGAUCUACAGUUCCUCGUCUUUCUUGCCGCCCCCGGAAUUCUUUGAGAACAAUAUUAGAACAAAAGCGGAUCUAGAUAGCUUUGGAGCAUUAGGUGAUGCUGGCUGGUACUGCAUUGGCGUGAUUUUAUGGUCAAUGAACUAUAAACUCCCCACAUUUGUUAAAGCUCUACCAGCUACAAUUCGAAACUCAAAUGGGGUCAUCAUGUCCACCACAGCAACUUUGUACUGGGAACAAGAGGGAGUCACUGCAACUUUUUAUUGCUCGUUUUUAUCACACGAGACAAUGGAAGUAUCGGUCUUGGGAUCCAAAGGGUCAUUCCAUGUUGAAGAUUUGAUCAUUCCAUAUGAAGAGAGUUCGGCUUCUUUUAGUUUUACAUCAGGUGCAGCUUUUGUUGAUCUUCAUAUCGGGUGGAAUAUGAAAGAGCAAGUGGUUCGAGUUGACAACGAGCUUCCACAAGAGGCUUUUAUGAUUAAAGAGUUUUCAAAGUUGGUAUUAGGAAUAAAAGAUUCUACAAUUAGACCUGAUACAAAGUGGGGCGGCAUCAGUAGAUCAAGUCAAGUUGUUCUGGAUGCCGUGAAAUCAUCUGCAGAUAGUGGUUUUAAGACUGUUUAUAUUUGAAUUUGACCAUAUAUUGUGUCCCUUACUCAAAAAAUAGAUAAGCUUUUUAUGGAUAUGAAACGAAUUUACUUGUGUUUCUUAAUUAUUUGAAGUGACCAUAAACUAAUUAUUUCAUAAUUUUUUGUAUAUGAAAGGUUUGUCUAACUUUGGUCA